CUUUGGUGAAAUUUGACUCUAACUUGUGUUUUAAAGGAUACCUAUUACUUCGUUAUCAGUAAGGUAUCGACUUUCCAGACGAAGCCGUUUUGCCGGCGGUUUGGGUUGACAUAGAUACGGAACUUUCUUCGGAUGAACGACGUACAGCAGCUAACAGAGCUCAAUGAAAGUGCAGCCUUUAUCCUCAGCUUCGCAGUGUAUUCCAUGGCUUGUAGUCCUAAUCAUCGAAUGUCUGGCCAUUGUCAUCCUUAAUAUCAUCACCAUUGUUGUCUUUGUAAAGAAGAAGCGUCAGCUACAGCGGCGGAGUACAUAUUUGAUCAUCCAUCUGGCGAUAGUCGAUCUCUUAGUGGGUGUAGUCUCUGGGCCGCUACAGAUUGAACACAUAAUGGGGUGGUCUUGUCCUCUGUGGAAUUACAGACAAAGGACUAUUUGGCCUCAUAAUUUAUCUUUUGCAUUUUUACAUUUAUUCUCGUUCGCUUCCCUUACAAAUCUUAUUGCUGUUUCCUUAGAGCGGCUACACGCAACAUUUUGUCCAUUCAGGCAUCGCUUUGUGAGGAAGUGGGUUUAUAGAGCCAUAAUUAUUGCCAUUUGGUUAAUACCUGUGGUUAGAGAAGCAGUUCAAAUUUUCUUAAGGGGAAUUGUUGAUCGAGUGGUAAUUAAUACUUACUUGUAUUGCCUUUUUUAUGCAGUUUCUCUAUUUGUUAUCUGUGUAUCUUACAUCCUCAUUAUUAUCAAAGUACGAUGUAUUCGUCAUUCCCAAUUCCAUUCUAGAUCAAAAAGAGAAAGAAAACUGACGGGUACUGCGCUUAUCGUCUCACUUGUAUCUUUACUUUGUUUUCUACCAGCGAUGAUAUAUGCAGCAUGGACUCGCCACUCCUCCACUUAUUUCAUAAAUGUUCAUAUUCAUAUGGCUGUGUUAGUUCUAUUUUUAGCUAACUCACUUGUAAAUCCUAUAAUUUACGCUCGUCGGAUGCCAGGAUUCAGAGAAGGUUUAUUACAGCUAGUUUACAGGGUUCCAUAUCUUUCUCGUAUCGCCCUAGCAAACCUGCCACUUCGUAACCUUUAG